AUGGAUAUUAUUACAAAUCGUACGGUACCAAUGCGAUUAUUUGCCAAUUGGGAAACAGAUCGAACAAUUGCUUGUGCCGUACAACGCAUGUUUUCAAUGGCUUUAACUCGUUUAGUGCUUAAUGCAUUUCAUGGAAAUCAAUCCACGAUUGUCAUCACUGUUAAAUUACACGGUUCGAAACGAUCUCUUCGUAGUAAUGAUUUUUUAAUUCAAUCUAGAAAUGGCAGAGUUGAUAUAGAUUUAAAUUUAUCAUUUACAAUACAGUAUCCGCAUUUCUUAAAGAGAAAAAGAAACAUCUUACAUAUUUUGCUUCAAAGACGCAAAAGAUAUAAAAACCGGCCAAUUUUUGGUUAUAAAACGCUUGCUGUUGGUACAAUCAAUUUAUCAGAAGUGCUGCAAAAUUGUUCUGUUCAUGAGAUUGUACUUUUUGAUCCGGUUAUGGAAAAAGAUGAGGUACAAAACAUCAAUCCAGUGGGACGACUUGUAGUUGGGUCUUGUCAAAGUCAAGCAUUUGAAACUCAAAAUGAAAUGAGUGUAAGAAGGAUUAAAGAAAAGGGAUUAGAAAGUGAGGAUGAUAAUGACAGUUCAUCGGAAGGGCAAGAAACAAAUGAUGAGCAAGAAUUGCAAGAUUCAGGUCAUUCAAUGCCAAAGCAGAGGUAUAAGUCACGGAAAAAACAGGAACGAAAAAUCGCGCGGAAGAAUUUGAAGCAAAAAUUUUCAUCUUUGUUAAAAAGAUUCAAAGUUCCUGAAGAAGAAACUGCAGAUUCCGCAUCACGAACCGGUAGUGUAGCACCGACAGCACAGGAGCUUGAGGAACUAUUUGAAGAAUUGAAUAAUUUAUCGGAUUCGGGACCAGAAAUGGUCAUGGAUAAUUUGAGUAUAGUAAGCAAUCCAAGACCAAGUUUACGACCUUACUUUGCAUCACGAGAAAUGUUGCCAUCAAUCAGCGAUUACAAAGUAUUGGACAAUACUGAAGAAACAGAUAGCGAUGAAGAAGUUAGCACCGAUGUUGAUAAUCAGGCGGUCCAAUCAACUGGCGUAUAUGGCUCAACUGAAAAAGAUCAUCAGAAGUUUCUGGCAGCAUUAGAAACAGUUCCAGGUAUUACCACUAUGAGCAGUGCUCCUGGUCUUCAUUUUACCGGUUCCAAUUUACCAGCCUCGGUUUCUGCUGUUUCAUUUUCUCUUUCCUCGCCAAAUUCCGAUCCUACAAGAAAUGUUGCAAAAUUUCAUUGGCAUCCCGUACGUACGACGUCUGUCACUGAUUGGUUAUCCGCUGUCAUACACGAAGAAGAGUCGUGGAAUGUUAGUGAACGUUUAUGGUUAUGUGAUAGUUCUGAUAUUCAAAUUCCAUCAUUUUUCGGUUCCGUUUUUCGGGUACUGGAUUGCUCAUCGUUUAAUGAUUGCCGCUUAUUGAUCUCAUCGAUUGUUGCGAAAAUACAAAAAUUCUCAUCCACAUCUCCACCAUGUACAGUUCUUGGUGUAAUUGGUUCAGAAAAAUUGGUUAACUUAGUUCUUCGUGCUUAUGUUGAAUCGUUGCAAGAUAAAUCGGCUGAAUGGAUCAAUUUCCUGAGAUUUUGCUUGGUUACAUUACCCUCUAGUUCGCUGAGCAAAGUGCUUAAAGCUGGAUCUGGUGGUGUAUGUACACUAAGUGAACUUUUUGUGAAAAAUCCUGAUGAAUCAUUAUUGUCUGAAUUAAAAGCAUUUUCGGAAAAAUUGCAAAAUAUGCCGGAGGGAACAUUUCGAAAGCUACCAAUUGGUGAAGCAAUGUUACAGUUACAUAGUAAAGCCUUAGCAGAUGAAAAAGAAAGUUCACAGUUCGUUCCAUUCCUUUCCGAAGUUCGAGUUGGACAAUUCGAAGAAGAUAUGGAAAGUUGUACAAUGUCUGUGCGGCUUAACGAGGAAGCUCAGGGUGCUUUUGGUGUGCAACAACUAUCUCCUCCGUUAAGUCCACAUAAUAUAAAAAUAUCUGAUUCACAGGAUCUCCUAAUCGAAUACUGGGUACCAAAUAAUCAAAAUAAUGAUGGUGGUGGAAGCAGUGGUAUUGGUAGUAGUGCCACUGGAGCAGUGAAACGUGAACCUCAAUUUUUGAAAUGCUCGAUUCGGUCGGCAUUUCGUUCAUUUGCAGUAUUUCGGAAACCAUUUAAUGCUCUUCUUUCUUUUCAAUUUGUUAAGGAGCGAAGACGCGAUAAAAUGUUGCAUAAAUUUGGAAUGAAGAAAGUGCAACGAAAUGAAUCAGAAGGUCAAAGUGCAGUGCAAUGUAUCAGCAAUGUGGCACGUCUAAUCUGCAGUGGGAAACAUCCGCUUACAAAAUGGGAAAAGAAGAUUUUUGACCCGAAAAUACGACGUAUCAGAGAAGUGCCACCUACAAAAACAAAUUUAAAAUUGAGCAAGCAUGAAACAAGAAGACAAAGUAUUACUCAACGUUUACUUACAAAUGCGAUAAAGAAAGCGACGUAUAUUCCGUUUGCAUGGAUCAAUGAUUACAAUGAUUCCAUGUGGAAUAAUGAUACGGAAGUUAAUAUAACAUCGACAAAUGUUGCUAUUGUACCAGCAAAGCACAAGAAUGAUUUAAUUUUUGGCUAUUUUAGAUUGUAUGUUUUGAUAUUGCUUGCAAUUUUGGUUAUACUUUUGCUUAUAAUCACAGCAAUUGCAUGUUAUUAUGAUUGUGAAAAUCGUCGCAGCCAUUUAUUGAGUGGUAACAUCAAGAAUGGUGCUGUGCCAACAGUAGCGGUCAGAUAUAAAGGCAAACAGCUCGAUAUUGUCGAUAGAAAUAAAUUUCGAGAAGAUGUUACACAAUCAUCAGUGCAUUCUCGGACACUUCGAAAGCGUAAAAUGCUUAUUGAAGCACGACGAUCAGCAUCAACAAAAUCUGUUACAGACAGUGAAUUUGGUGAUAAUGCGAUGUUUAAAAUAGGCAAAAUGCCAAAAUUAUCUUACCAAGUCAAAACAAAACUAUUGGGAACAAAAUUAUUACAAAGUGAUCGUGCGAAAGAUGACAGAGUGCAUGGUGCAGUAUUACAAGUUACAGAAAUGAAAAGAAGUGAAAGCAUAACGGGUGACAUGUCAGAAAUAUCGCUCUCGUCGUCAGCGUCAGAUUUAAACAAAGAAGAAAAAUCAGUUACCGGA